AUGACUAACCCCGAAACAAUCCACUUCUUCGACCUCUGGUCCGACUUCCCAGGCGCGGACAAGUCAUGGUCCCCUAACACUCUGAAGACCAGAAUGGUCCUAAACUACAAGGGAAUCCCCUACACCCAAAGCUGGGUCUCAUACCCAGACAUCGCACCUCUACUAAAGAGCAUGGACGUCCCACCGCACAAGGUAUCAAUGCCCUACACACUCCCAGCAAUCACCCACAAAGGCGCCAUAAAGUCCAACCCAGAAGGCGCACUCAUGGACUCCGACGCCAUCGCCACAUACCUAGACAAGCUGUACCCCUCGCCGCCGCUCUUCCCCUCCGGCGACGCGAGCUACGCGAUCCUAAUCGCCGUGCGGAAGAUCUUAGCGCUGAUCUCGCCGAGUUUCAGAUCUUUGAUUAUACCUAAUGUCGUUGGGCAUUUGGAUCCUCGGGGUCAGGAGUACUUUGAGCGGACGCGUACUGAGCUUUUUGGGAAGCCGCUUGCUGAGGUUAGGCCUAAGGAUGAAGAGUCUUUGAUUGCUUUGUGGGAUAUCAUUGAGAAGGAGAGCGAACCUUUGAUUAAGAUGCUUAAGGGGCGGGAGGGGAAGAAGGGGCCGUUUUUGGAAGGGGAGAGGCCUGGUUAUGCGGAUUUUAGUUUGGCUUGUAUCUUGGCGUUUUUUAAUCGCUUUGAUCGGGAUGUUUUUGAUAAGAUUCUUGUUCUUGGCGGUGGGGAGUUUAAGGCGCUUUAUGAGGCUUGUUUGCCUUGGUUGGAAGGUCAGGGUGAGGAGAGGGAGUGGCCGAUUCCUCAGUAG